AUGGGAUCUCAUGGUUCAUGUCCUAUGAUAAAGAAUAUCCUUCUGUUAGACUCAGAGGGAAAGAGGGUUGCAGUAAAGUAUUUUUCAGAUGACUGGCCAACAAACAGUUCAAAACUAGCUUUUGAGAAGUUCGUGUUCACCAAAACUCUUAAAACAAAUGCUCGCACAGAAGCUGAGAUAACAUUGCUUGACGACAAUAUCAUUAUUUACAAGUUUGUACAAGACCUGCAUUUCUUUGUCACUGGCAGCGACGAUGAAAACGAGAUUGUUUUAGCUUCAGUUCUUCAGGGACUCUAUGAUGCAAUCACCCUUCUGUUGAGGAAUAAUGUUGACAAAAGAGAAGCACUUGAGAACUUGGAUCUCAUUCUUUUAUGCCUUGAUGAGAUUGUUGAUGGAGGGAUGAUACUCGAAACAAAUGGACCGCUUAUUGCUGAAAAAGUUACCUCCCAUAACAUCGACGCUGACUCUCCAUUGUCUGAGCAGGUAGAGCAACAAUUUUUCAGUUUACUUUAUGUCAGUAACGUGCUAAUGACACUUCAGAUUGAAUACGUGUUUGACCUGCCAACAGCAUGA